AUGGAGAGUUUUGAUGAUGUUUUCAGAUGGUUGUGUGAUGAUGAUGAUCAACAGAUGGAAUCAGAGAUUCCAACUGACAAAUCCACCGAAAACAGCCCAACCCUCUCCAUCACCUCAAGUGAGUCAUUUGAUUCAGAAGCCAUGGAAAUGGAAUCCAAAACAGGAAUCCAAAAUUUACUCAUGGCAUAUGCAGAAGCCAUGGGAUUACAACAGAGAAAGCUGGCUGAAGUGAUUCAGAAAUGUAUAAGUGAAAAAGUCAACCCCAAUGGUCAAACCCUUGAACGUUUAGCACUUAACUUGUUCCCAUGUUCUGAGAAUGAAAAAGAGUAUCUAAAACAAGAAUCUAUUAGAAAUUUUAAGGCUGCAUUCAGAGGGUUCUAUGAGAUCUUUCCUUAUGGAAGGUUUGCUCAUUUCACAGCAAAUUCAGCAAUCCUUGAAGCUGUUCCAAACCAUGUUGACUCAGUUCAUAUAGUUGACUUUGACAUGGGUGAAGGAAGUCAAUGGCCUGUGGUCAUACAAGUCAUGGCACAAAGAAGAAAAUCAUUGACCAUUACAAGUGUGAAGCUAGAAGAUGAUAACUCAGGAUUAUUUGAAGAGACCAAGAUGCAUCUGUUAAACUAUGCGGGAAGUUUUGGUCUAAAUUUGAAAGUAGAAGAAAAGGAAUUGGGUCAAAUAGUCAACAGGAAUGAGUUUAUGGCUUUCAAUUGUAUGGUUGGGAUUCCACAUAUGGGAAGAACAAGGAGAAGAACUCAAGUUAUGGAGUUUCUUAAGGUAGCAAAACAGUUAUUGGUGAAAACCCAAGGAAUUAUAACCUUUGGGGAUGGAGAAUACAGUGACAGAAUGGAAAAUUACCCAACCUACCCUUCGUUCUUUGAUGGGAAUUUGUCACAUUAUAAAGCAUUGUAUGAAUCAAUGGAACUGGGGUUUCCUAGUUAUUUAACCGAAGGAAGGGUAGCUAUGGAAACCCUUUUCAUUGCACCUUUUAUAUCAUCAAUGUCUUGGUUACAGAAAUGGGAGGAAGGAAGAGAAAACUUGUUUUCCCAAAAUGACCUUGGGUUAAAAGGAAGAAGGGUGAGCAUGGAAAGCUGGAAUGAAGUGAGGGAAUUGGUGAAGGAAGGAGAAAGUAUGUAUAAGGUUAGAGUUGAAGGAGGGAAUGAGAAUGAAAUGGUGUUGGAAUGGAAUGGAAUUCCACUUGUGAGAGUUUCUGUUUGGAUGUAG